CAUGCUACUUUCACGUGAUCGCGCGUCCACAGUUCAGUCAGUGGUUGUGCGCGCAGUCCAGCGAUAGCACAGAAAUCGGAGGAGUAGGUGGUUGGAUCAAAGGAAUAACUUUGGCCGUAACUGGACAUAUUACAGAAAAUGGAUUUUCUCAUCGGUAGCCCAUUUUCUUCCCCGGUCGGACAGCGAAUUCAGCGAGCGACCAGCCCUACCCUGCAGGCGGAGGACUGGGGCCUCAACAUGGAGAUCUGUGACAUCAUCAACGAGACAGAGGAUGGACCCAAAGAUGCCAUGAAGGCCAUCAAGAAGAGGAUUGUGGGGAACAAGAACUUCAGAGAGGUCAUGUUAGCGCUAACUGUGCUGGAGACCUGCGUGAAGAACUGUGGCCACCGGUUCCACGUGCAGGUGUGCACCAGGGACUUUGUGGAGGGAGUGCUGGUCCGGGCCAUCCUCCCCAAAAACAACCCCCCCGCCGUGCUACAUGACAGGGUGCUGAGCCUCAUUCAGGCCUGGGCUGAUGCUUUCCGGAACUCUCCGUCCCUGUCAGGGGUGGUGUGUGUGUAUGACGACCUGCGGAGGAGGGGGCUGGAGUUCCCCAUGACUGACCUGGACGCUCUGUCACCCAUCCACACUCCACAAAGGAGCACUCCAGAAAAUGAGACCUCCGCUCCGUCCGCAGUCCCCUCAGUCCCAGCGCCGACACAGGCCCCCGCCCCUUCUCCAGCUCCCCCCCAGAAUUCCCAGCCGCCCCCACCGACGGACGGCCCCGUCUCCUUAUCCACAGAGCAGAGGCAGAAGCUGCAGGCGGAGCUGGAGCUUGUGAAGGGCAACCUGCGGGUGAUGACGGAGAUGCUCAACCAGAGCACCAGCGGCGAGUGCACGGCCUCAGACAGAGAGCUGCUGCAGCAGUUGAACAGCGUGUGUAAAAGCAUGCAGCAGCGAGUGGUUGAGCUGAUCCCUCGGCUGCUGGACGAAGCCCUGAUCGGUGAGCUGCUGGUUAUCAAUGAUGACCUCAACAACGCCUUCAUCCGCUACGAUAGGUUUGAGAGGUGCAGUGCUCCAAAAACGACCACAGCGACCCCUGAAGCAGGAUACGACAACCUCAUCGACCUAAGCCCUGUGUCCCCGCCAUCUUAUCAGUCAGUGGCCAGCCCACCUGUCAGUCAGCCGGUCGCCAAGGCUCCCUCCAAUCAGACGCCUCAUCCUGGUGCAGCGGAGGAAGACGAGUUUGACAUGUUUGCUAACACCAGGGGUAGCUCUCUGGCAGAUCAGAGGAAGAGUGUGCGGUAUGAGGACCCCAGGGCUGUGGAGGGAUUGGCUGAAGCUCUGGACACUCGGCUGCAGGUCACAGGCGCGGACGAUGACGUGUGGGCUCAGGCGGCCGUUGAGUGUGGCUGGAUGCACAGUGAAGGAUUGAUGCCCGCUCCUCGAACAGCUGCGAUGAGUGAGAUCGAGAACUGGCUCUCUACAGAACCGCCUGAAAGAGACGAGUCGGAAGGAGUUACCAGUGAUGAGUUUGACAAGUUCUUGCAGGAGAGAGCGAAUGUGGCCGACCACCUGCCCCGCGAGCCGAAGACGACCUCCAACGCCUCCAGCGCCUCGUCGCGCGCGCCGCCCCAGGCGGCCAGCAAGCAGGAGCGGUCACAUGACCACCUCUUCACGCUGUGAGCGCAGCGCAGUGGGCACUGAACUGACUGACAGGUGACAUGCGUCAAUCAUCACUCCAGCUCUGAGAAGGUCGUACGUGGCGACACAACUCGGCAUAUCACAGAAGUGCCAUGACUAAAGCCUGUUAUCUUUGCUUAUUUCAGGUUUUCGAAAGCCUUAGCGGUUGUUGAGUGUAGUGGCUCUUUAUACUGAAUGUAAGAUAUGUUAUAUACGCUAUGACGGACAAGAGAGACAGGUCUUUAUUCCAUAUGAGUGCAUUAUACAUUCCCAACACACGCGUGUCCCAAUGCUUACACUGCAAACAUAUAUAACAUGAUGUGAAGCCAUCAGAAGGAUGAUACAACAUGAAGAAAUGCACAAACCAAGUGGAUGUAAAUGAAGCGGCCUAAAUAUGUGCGGGUUAAAUAAAAUACACUUUAUAUGUUAAUCCUAUUUAAAUUGAGUUUAUGUGAUCUAUAAUCUGUUUGGUACAUUCUUCGCUGUUUUGUUACUAUGAUUAUAGUCAUUCCUGGUGUAAUUAAAAUAAUUGCUGCCCAUCACAGCUGGGAGGAAAA